UGCAACUAUAAUCUAUAAAAAAAUAGAAAUAAAAAAAUGUAACAACCAUACCUGGUCUCCCCUACGUUUGAAAUUUACGACCUCAACGAAGGAAAAGAAUCCGCGUGGGUGAUCGCGACGAGGCAACGAAACACGAAAUUGCCAUGGAUGGUUAUAUUACACGACGAAGAAUAUUACAGAAGUAGAGUACCUCAACCCGAUUUAGGAGCGCUGAAAAAUUUUCUACGAUUUGUUUGGAACAAAGAACAAAAAACCUUAUUUGAUAGAACAGCCAAAGAAUGGGGUCAAUUGGGAAUAUUUUACUUGGCUUUCUUUACUGUUCUGGGAUCAAUCUUCGCGAUACAAAUGAAGAUCAGUAUUGAUUAUAUUACCAAAUUGAAACAACCGUUAUUUAAAAACCCCAGCGUCUCUUCAAGGUCCAUAGAAAAGAGAUUCGCUAUUUUCCGUCCUCUUUGGCAAUUCGAGAAUCCAGGAAUAGUUUUCAAACCAAACAGCGUGUCGAGUACAUCACCUCUAAUUUUGGUAGACAGUGCGAAUGUUAACAGCCGACCGAAGCGGUAUGUUCAAGCGUUGGAUGACUUUUUUCAAGGUAUUCAACAGGUAUCCCUUACAAAGUACAGUAAAAAUAUGUCAAAUUAUAACUUGAAUUGUCAAGAGGGUAAAGCGAAUUAUUUCGAGAAACCUUGUUUUUUUGAUAUAAAAAAAUUAGGAUCAUGCAGUAAAUCCCCAUAUGGAUACACAGAACCUAUGCAACCGUGUGUCUUAAUUAAAUUCAAUAAGAGGUUCGAUUGGAUACCUGAGUGUUAUAAUAGAUCUUCGAAUUUACCUGAGACUAUGCCGGAUGGUUUGAAAAAAAUGGUGCAAGAAUCUGAUAAGUUACACAUAUGGUUAUCGUGCGAUGGACUAAAUAAUGUCGAUAAAGAGCACAUGGGAGAAAUAGAAUAUAAUCCAAAACCUGGAUUUCCAGUCGAAUUCUUUCCAUUUACCGGACAGCCUGAUUAUUUAUCUCCGGUCGUGGCGCUACAAUUCAAGAACUUAACACCAAAUCGGUUGGUAACGAUCGACUGUAAUUUGUGGGCUUCCAAUAUUAGACGCCAGUCUGGUUGUUCGUUAGAUUUUCAAAUAAUAAUAGGUAAGAUGAAUUUUUGCAAUUAUUCAGUUUUUGACAUAAGGUGGAUGUGCACAAUUUCGCCAUGUCCAUGUAUAGAACGUUCUACGUAACUAAGGGGCGGAGUAAAAAGUAAAGAAUAAAACUUUUGUAUUUUUAAUAACACUGGAAUAUU